AAACCUUUUUUUUUUACAGUGUCAUUUUAGCAGCUAAAUUUUCUUCUUUUUUCCAAAUUGGAAAUCUCCCUCUGCUGACAAACUCUGAUAACAUUUCUAACAUGGAUGAUGGGUCAAACAAAGAAGCCCCAGCUUAUACCAUACAAAAUUCUUCAGAGGUACUACUUUCCAUUCAGCGAUUGGAUUUUAAAACAAGUUUUCUGGAAGCAAUAGAAGAACUGCGUAUGAGAAGGGAUGCAGAAAUUCAUUAUGGGGAACAAAUUAGCAAAUUUGUGGUUGAAAAACAGGAACUUGAAUGGCAAAAGGAAGCUCUUCAACAUCAGAAAGAAGCAUUAAACAAACAGCACACAGAGGCCAUGGCAGCUAUUAAAAAGCAGGUUCAAGUGAGAAUGCUUGUUGUGGAAGAAGAAAAGGCUAAAUAUCUGCUUGCUGAGGAGGCCAAAGAAAAAGAAAUGGAAGGACUGAAGGAAACUUUAAAAAAAUUACAGGUUUCAAAAUAUACUUUACAGAAGAAGCUUGAUGAAAUGGAACAAAAGCUUCAGUUGCACAUGUUAGCAAAAGAAGACCAUCAGAAAAGUCUGAAUGAAUUUGAAAAAUGCCAUACAGUUAUCACAGGUCAAUUUGAAAUAAUAAAAAGCAAUCAUGAGAGAUUAGAACAGAAUGUUAAGGAAGCAAGUCAGUCCAAUAAGAGAUUAACAGCCAUAAACAAAAGACAAGAGUCUGAGAUAGAUGAACUGAGAGAGGAACUAAAGAAAGUUACUGCAGACCUGAUAAAGUCCAAUGUCACUUGUCAGCACAGAGUGGGAGAAGAAAAUCUCAGUUUUAUAGCAAAAGAACAGGAGUUGCAAGAGUUAUGGAAAAGAAAUUCCAUGGAGAAAGAGUUAAAUACAACAUUAAUUGAAGAAAAUACACAUCUGAAGGAAGAGAAGCAGGAAAUUAUUGCUUCACUACAACAUAUGCAGCAACUUCUCAGCAGACAAACAGAAGUGAAUGCAAAGAUGGAGCUGGGGAUGACUAAACUGAAAGAAAAAUGCCAGACCCUUGAAAGAGAUAAUGAGCUGCAAAGGGAGAAGGCAAAAGAAAAUGAACAAAAGUUCCUUAAUCUUCAGAAUGAAUAUGGGAAAAGAAAAGCCACUUGGAAAGAUGAGGCUGAAAAGGUGUGUAAUGAAAAUCAAAUACAUACAAGCCAUAAAGAAAACAAAUCUACUCAAACAACAUUAGGUGUUUGUAAUAACGUUGCAGAAGAAGAAAAUGGAGUAACAAACAUUCCACCUUCUUCUUUUGGUUCUGGUGAAAUGCAAACAGAACAAAGCAAAGGUGAUACAAACAGAGCAGAUGAGAAUUCAGUUUGCAGUGAAGGUUAUCUUGAUCAUUGUGUAAAUGAAGAUAAUAAAGUUUGUCCUUUGAAGACAAAACAAAAGGAGCUUUCUGUAGGCAUCCCCUUAUAUACAAUCGGUGUCAUUACUCCAGAACCAGCAGAUGGGUCAUGUAUUGCUGAAGGUGAAGAAACUACAACUGAAAGAAAAGCAGAUGAAAUUGUUUUUGAUAAAAUAGAAGUCAGGGGAGACAACUCAGAAAAUUACUGUUCCUCAGCAGAAUUCCCAGUGGAAGAUUGUAAAAUGCUCUUAGAAAGUACUGAAGAUUUAGGUAAUUCUAACCAAAAUACAUAUUUUUCAACAAAACCAAACAAACAUCUAGAUGGAAGUAUUAGAAAUAAAUUUGCUUCUGAAAAGACUGAAAUUAUCAACUGUACAAUCCAUGAGGAAGCUUCCUCUGCAAGUGAAGAUUGUGGCAAAAAGGAUAGUGAGCAUAAUACAAAUGCCCACAUGAACUCUGAAAGUUAUUCUGUGUAUGAUUCUGUGAAUCAUACAAACUUCCAUCCUGAUGGCUUAGAUGAGUGCAGUGAAGUUUGUAAAGCAAAGCAAAUAUCACCAAGUCACAAAAACUGUGAGUGCUGUAAGAAAAUCAGUUCAUUCUACACACAAGAGGAUACACCACCUUUGCAUGCUUCUCUGAACAACCAAUUAGGUAAAAAUUCUCAUAUUAACAAUGAAGAAAACUUGAGGAACCGCAAUUUAAAUGCUGAAAACUCAUUUAAAGAUGUAAAUGAAAUGGCAGAAAAAUAUUCUGACAAAGACGGUUCCAAACUGAAAGAAGAGAGUAUAAACAAGGUCUUCCUCUUAAACAGCGAAAAUGUACAUGAAUCUCAGACUGUAGAUGUGAGCAUUCAGCAAGUUAACAGAGAUGAAGAAAGGGAAUUCCAUACAGUAGAUGACCAAUUUAUAAUAAGUGGUAAUUCAGUUAAUAUAUCGUUAAAAGAAAGGCAGGAGUCAUUAAAAGGUAAACUUACAGAAGAAAUUGUUUCAGAAGUAAAUAGCUUAGACAGAUCAUGUUCUUUACCCAUAAAAACAACUGAACAUUCAGUACAGAGAAAUGCAAUGCCUGCCCUUGACUUUGCAAUUAUAAAUAAAAUAACCACGAAAACAGUGUGUCAAGAUGAAAUUCAAAGUGUAUGUGCUUCAACUGUCAAACCAGCUUUCUCAAUUAAAGUAAAACCACUUUUACAAGAAUUCAAAAAUAGCCAGAAUUCAAUGGAAAUUGGUCAAAUUGUGAACAUGCAUGCUUCUCUAAAAGAAGAACCAUUAGGUUCUACCUACAGAAACAGAGUUGCUGACACUUUGAAUACCGGAAGUAUCAAUCUAGGCCCCAAGAGAAAUCACAGCGAAGAAUGGAAUGCAACAGCAAAGCCUUUUUAUGAUCCUUCUUUUCCCAGAGAACACGCUUCAACUGAAUGCCUAUCUGGACCAAAAGAUAAGUCUUCUGAAUUGUCCUCUGAAGUCAAAGGCUCUGUUUUAAGUGAAAACUCACUAAGCGCUGAAGAAAAAGGCUGGAAUUCACAGAAUGUCUUCAUAAAAACACAAAUCAACAACAUUGAAAGGUUUCUAAAUUCAGAAACUCUCUGCCAGCCCAAAAAGAGAAAGUAUGCAGAAUAUCCAGAAAAGGCAGUAACAGCAGAUAAAGCUGAAGUAUGAUUGUUUUUAAAUGUGUUUUGAUAUGUGUGCAAUCCAAAGUCAUGCAAAUGGAAGAUUAUAUAAGGCUGGUGUCUUUGUGGUUCUUCUGUUCACUUCAUGAUUUUAAAAAAGAGCAGCUUAGAAAAUUUUAUUUGAAAGUUACUUGUUGAGGUAGAGGCUAUUGAACAGUUUUACAGAUUUUAGGAUUAUUAACUUUUAAUACUAUUUCUCCUCUUUUUUUCCAAAUUAACUAGCAUACAACAUCCAUGAUUAUAAAAAUGGAACUAAAUCAAUAUUUAUUCCAAUUCCAACUUUAUUACUUUCCCUGCUUUUAGUUCAAAUUAUUAAAUUUGAUAUUUUGAGAACAUUUUUAAAAAGCUGAAAAUUUUACUAUAGCUGAGUUUCCAUCUUCGACAAGCCAGGAAAUAGAUAAAAGAAUUCAAGUGUCUGACAAACUAAGGAGACUGUUUUUCACUUGAUUCAAAUUUUGCUUCCAGAAAUUAAGUGUGUCAUACAGCUGCUGCCAUUGCUGUUUUCCAAAGGUCCGAUGUGUGCU